AAGUGCCAUGCGUGGAACAUUCGAUCGUAAAGUAGGUUUGUUUCGAUCGUUGGAAGAAAAAAUUAACGUGUAUUUCUGAACAGGAUGUAAUCACAGCAAAAUGGAUUUACCGUUCUGCUUUAAGAGCUUUUUAUGCUGGCAUUGUCUGAGUUCCUUUCAACAAGAUGCUAUCAUCAUCAAGAGAAACUUCGCUACAUCUUUGUGUGGUCUUUGAGUGCCUUUAACUGCAAUAAUGCCUGACAAAGAACCAGGCCAUGCUACAAAUUUAGUAGUUGCCCUCCGAGUUAGGCCGAUUAGUUCCUCCGAGCUCGGAGAUAAAGAGAUCAUCCACGUUUUGGAAAAAAAUCUUGUAGUUCUACGAGAUCCAAAUGAAGACCAAGAUGACAUUCUCAGGGUUAAUAGAUCAAGAGAAAAACAAUAUGUGUUUGACCAUGCCUUCAAUCCAGGAGCAACACAGAAUGACGUCUACAAUGUCACCACACAGCCUCUCAUCGAAAGUGUUGUCACUGGGUAUAACGCAACUGUAUUUGCCUACGGUGCUACAGGAGCUGGAAAAACCUACACCAUGCUCGGCAGCGAUAAUAAACCAGGAAUCAUGGGAUUGACACUCAAUGAUCUCUUUGCACAAAUGGAGUCAACCAAGGAGGAUGUGAAAUACAAAGUCACCAUGUCCUAUCUUGAGAUUUACAAUGAAAUGAUAAGAGAUUUGCUCAACCCUGCGUCUGGUAUUCUUGAUCUGAGAGAAGAUGCCAAAGGAGUUAAUGUAGCUGGGUUGUCUGAAGUUGAAGCUAAAACAACAAGAGAGGUGAUGAGUAUGUUACUGAUGGGCAACAAACAGAGGACUUCAGAGCCAACUGCUGCUAAUAAAACAUCAUCAAGAUCACAUGCUGUGCUUCAGGUAACAGUGAGUCAGAAAAGCAGAGUUGAAAAUGUUAUCCAAGAAAUUAAAGUUGGCAAACUUUUCAUGAUUGAUUUGGCCGGCUCAGAACGAGCUGCACAAACAAAGAAUCGCGGUAAAAGAAUGAUUGAAGGCGCUCACAUCAAUCGGUCUUUGUUGGCUCUUGGGAACUGUAUCAAUGCUUUAUCUGAAAAUAGAGGUCAUUACGUGAACUAUCGGGACAGCAAACUCACAAGAUUACUAAAGGACUCACUUGGUGGUAAUUGCAAGACGGUGAUGAUUGCGCAUGUCAGUCCUGCUGGAAAAUUAUUUGAAGAAAGCAAAAAUACGUUACUUUAUGCCGACAGAGCAAAGAACAUCAAAACAACGAUCAAACGAAAUCAGUUCAACGUUUCCCAUCACAUCGCACARUACACAAGCAUCAUCACUGAUCUCAGGAAAGAAAUCUUCAGACUGAAAAACAAGAUUGCAGAACAGACAGUAAACGAACCGGAUAAUACUGUUAGAAAAGACGAAGAAUUCAAGCACCGAGACCACACYGAGAUGAACAAGCUACGAAACCAACUAGUCAGCACCUUUCGAGAACAAAUGGAAAUACGGCAUAARCUAAUGGAGCUUGAAGAUGUCGCUAUGCAGAUAGCCAUUGACACCAAUCGAUAUAUGCUGGUGAUAGACGAGUGGGAACAAGAGAAAGCAAGACGCAUUUCCAAAGCAGCCGCUGCUUCAAAACCAGUUGACAAUAUAGACGAACAAGAUGAGUUACAAACGGACUGCGAAGCCAACAAACUCGUCGACAAAAACGGCAAACAAAUAUUCCGCGAAGACGACGACCACUUAUUGACAGAAGCUUUAACUCUCGACGAUAUCGAAAAGAAAGACUUAGGAACUGAGAAAGAGAAAAGUUCCGAUGAUCUUGUGGACGAAAGUAAYGUUUUCGCGUUAACUUCAAUCGAGGAACCAGAAGAGGUAACUUUCGCCAAAGAAGAAAUAGACAAUCUUGUCACAGAAGAGAAGAAAGUUGCCGAAAUGAAAGCAAACUUACAAAACAGGCUUGCGCAAACACGRAAAGAAAUUGAACGACUCGAGGAACUUUUGCCGCAGAAAAUUAGCGGCGAGGAAAACCGUGAAAUCCUCGGUUUGAUUCUCAAGGUUCACGAACUGGAGAUYAGCAAUGCAGAGCUUCAAAGCCAAGCGUUGCUGAGAGAGAAUGUCUUACGGUAUAAAGACCUUGAAGUGAACAAGUAUGAAUCGAGGCAAAAACUCUGCGAUGAAAUAAUACAGAUGCAAAGAGCAGUGAUAAAUGGGUACUCCACCCGGUAGAGGAUUGACUGUUCAAAAGAGACACCGCGCUCCCCCAGAAAUUACGGGCUCAGAUUCCAACCAGUCUACACCUCGAUUAAAACCUCGAAAGAACCACACGAAUGGCAUUUCGGUGGACGGUCUUUCUGUCAGCGGUUUUGCCGUGAAGCCAUCCAAACAGUACGGAAGUCGUAAAUAUUGAGAAUGAAUUGAUCACGUGACAAUUAUUAGCCGCCAUCUUGAAUACUCCAGUUUCGAGUUCUCUUUUGUGAAAGCUUAGCUUCAAUUAAACAUUAACUUUUAUUGCCUUCUUUGUACACAGAGUGCUUGCAUAAAAUAGAUUCUCUAUUCAAUAAAAGAAUGUAUUACAUAAUUUCGAGGUUAAGGCUGCACAAGGCUGCUCGAAACUGGAGUAUUCCAUUCUUUCUUCAAAGUCACGCCUCAUCGUUAAAUAGCAUUGCGUGACCAUAAAGUGCAUGGGCAAUAAUUUACCCUUCAUUAACCCCACCCCUGCGAAAAGCAUCAAAAUUAUGACAUCAAACAAUAUCAGCUCAGGUAUAAGCUAUUGUUUGCAGUGCGUGACUGUGUCACACAAUAGUCCGUGACCUUUUUUAUAAAAAUUGUUAUGACGUCAUAUUUAUCGACAUCAGGUGUCCGUUGUACAAGGUUGGAUAUCGUUAUCUACAGGAUAAAUCCAUUGCUGGUUUUCAGGUCACGUCACAGCAGCCAUUCUUGGAGGAACUUCAACAAARGAUUUCUCAUUAGUAUCUAUUGCUUAUUCGCGCCAACAUGGCCGACGUUCCUUUGUUGUUUGAAUCACAUGGGAAUGAUUGAAAACCAGCAAUGGAGUGAAUCACUUUAUCCACCCUUCGCACAAGGCGCCUUCACCUUAUUURUCAUUGUGGUAAAAUUGAACCGACAUAUCGACCGACAACCAACAAAGCCCGAUAUAAAGUGAACAAUUCAUUGCAUAUUGACUCGUUCACACUGGUAGUAGGGCAAAAAUCUUUUUUUUUUUUUUUUAAAUAAAGGAGUUUGGACCUACUUCCUACAGGGGCACCCAACCCCAUGUAAAUAGAGCCUGAGACGCUUUGUAAACGAUUAGACUGAAAACGGCUCUCAUGUCUUUGAUAGMAUCAGUAAUAUGUUAUAUACGAUCAUUAAGGCCGAAUUAGGCGGUACAACUUUUGCCUACAAUCAUCACAUGCAACAUUCCCAGUUAUCCUUAAGACAUGGGUCUUUUCUGAGAUAGCAGUUUAUAAUGUAUUGUGGUCUAGAUUUGGUACAAACAUCUUUUGUUCAUGCUGCCAAAUAUGGCUUUGUUUAUACUGAAGCUAGACCACAAUGCACUAUGAUUUUGUAUUUCAGAAAAGGUAUGUGACUACAAGUGUGUCGUAGGGGUAUAAAACAUUCAUUCUGAAUCAUUCCUUAAGACAGUUUUAGCCAUGGGCAGCUUACAAGCGAUGUCUGUUGGUUAAAGUUUUGCCGUCUAUUUCGGCCUCUACUAUAGUUAUGUUAGUUAUAAGCUUGUACAGUAUUUAAAKAUAUAUAUGUUGUUUCAAAGACGGCCCAAUCCAUGUAUAAUAUUUUUAACAAUUGGAUCAUUGUAUAGCUUGGAGGUCGAUGCCUCCGUAUGUUAUUAUAUUUACACAAUUGUAAAAUAAGAAUAAACAUCAAUUUAUCCAGA